AUGUUCGUAAAUACUCUUGUCGAAGGAAAAAUCCCAGUAAAAGAUACAACAUCUAAAUAUAAUACUAUUAGCAAACACUUAUUCGAUAAGCUUGAAUCUGAUCACAGAUUAGAAGGUAUAGUUGGUGAUGAUCUGAUAGGCGAAGAAAUAAAAGGCUUAGAUUUGCAAUUUUGCUAUAAAGGAAAAGAUUGGUUAUGGAUAUGUGAAGCAAAAAUAAACUUUGGAUAUUUUCCCAAAACCUGUGUCCGCCAUGCUAAAAUUGUAAUCGAUGGUAUGAGUAUCCCAUUAAUCGAAGAAAAUAGUAAUAAAGCCAGCUCUAAUAAAAAUAACUUAUCUCAUUCUGAAACAGAAAUCGAUAAACCUGAUCUAAAUUUAGAAAAGUUUAUAGAUAUGUUUAAGAAAUUAUCUAUAGAGACUAAUUUAUCCAGUUCUGAUUCAGAAUCCACGGGUGGAAUCAAUAUAGAAGUAUUUCAGAGAAAUGACAUAUUACUGCGCUAUAUUACUGCAUCCUGGUGA